AUUUGUCGGCAUGCCACUUGCCAAACAAGCGUUCAAAUCUUUCGUGGGCGUGCGGACAGGUGCCACGGUCAACCCUAAGCCCUGCCUGCCAUGAGCAAUGAUAACAGAAGAGCGGCAAUGCGGAGGCUUUAAACCUAUUUGGGUACAUUGGAAUGUUCAACCUUCUUCUUGGGGAAUGAUUACAGAACAAUUCGUUAUUUCAACCGACUGAUUCCGAGCGCCAAAAUGAAGGACAUAAUCAAGGCGCCUUCACAGUUAGGCCUUCGUGCUCUGCGUUUCAUAGCGUUCCCAGAAGUCGCCCAACCAUGUCUCCACGGCGCGAGGAGACACUACGCAACACCACCACCACCUCCGAUUCAGUCUCCUCCAUCCGAUCGUCCAGCCGUCCGAGCAAUCAACAGUCCUCUUCUGACACAAUCGCCCCGUAGCCUGCGCGGUCGCAAAGAUGAUGAUCCAGAAUUCCAGCCACAGCCGCUCGCUCGACCGAUAGGCAUGCACAGUCCGCCGCGACCAGGCGACAACAUGGGCAUAGAUCGACGAAAUCUGGCGCAGAAACGGGAGGAUUUCGUCAAUUACGACAAGCACCUCGAGAAGCGAGCUCAAAUGCGAAAGGAGAUCUCGAAACCUUAUUUCCGCGACUGGAGCAAUCUCCGCUUUCACAAGGGCAAGAUGUUCACGAGUAAUGAGAAAUUGUUCCGGGGAGAGUAUAGUUUGUGGUUUCCCAAUUUCUUCGGGAAGACCCUUCACAAGGAGUCGGCACGGGCUGUCAAGGAUGGGUACGGUGGACAAGGAAGGGAUUCGUGCACGGCAAUGGAUGGCAAGGUGUCUGUAGUGAGCAUCUUGUCAAGUCAAUGGGCGCAGGGACAAGUAGACACGUUCUGCUCGGCGAAACAGAAUCCGGAGCUGGACCAUGUUCUGCAAAGCAGUAAGGACGUGGCGCAACGAAUAUGGAUCCAUUACGAGCCGAACACUUUGCGGUGGUGGCUUAUACAGUUGUUCAAAGGCAAUCUACGCCGGGGCAAGUCAGUGGAGGAGCAGAAGCGGUAUUUCAUGGUACGGCGUGGUGUGAGUGAGGAGAUGAAGGAGUCCAUUGGGCUGCUCAACGAAAGUGUGGGCUACGUCUACUUGGUCGACCAGGAGUGCAGGAUUCGGUGGGCUGGUAAUGCUGUCGCAGAGCCUGCUGAGCGGGAGAGCAUGGUCCGCGGUCUGAAACGUCUGAUCGAGGAAGCCCGAAAAGCACCCAAGAGAUCCUCGGGGGCGCAGAAACAUGCGGUCGGUCCGCGGAUGCCUCUGCCUGCGGAGCCGAAGUCGCUGUAGUGCAGAGUGAUUCUAUAUUGUAUAGUAGAAGCCUGGGUUAAUGUAACAUUCCAUGACGAGGUCACAACGAGAAGAUGCUGCCCCGGAAGCUUUGGUGAUGGCAUCGAAGACAUAAUGAUAAAAGAGCAUGGUC